AGUGAGGCGCCUAGGCCGGAGUGGAAGAGCAAGCAGGAACCGCAGCAAGGGAAGGAGUAGCAGCAGGGCCGGGAAGCGUGGGGUCCGCGGACGCGGCCUUCGGAGCGAGAUGAGCGCCGCCAAGGAGUCCAAGGCCGAGCGUGGCGUCAAGCGAGGGGCCUCCCCUGAGCCUGGAUCAACCAGCUGGGAGGCAGCUGACUUAGGUAAUGAAGAGAGAAAGCAAAAAUUCUUAAGACUUAUGGGUGCUGGAAAGAAAGAGCAUACUGGGCGCCUUGUUAUUGGAGACCACAAAUCAACUUCUCAUUUUAGAACAGGGGAAGAAGACAAGAAAAUGAAUGAUGAACUUGAGACUCAGUUUCAGCAAAGCAUGGACAGCACCAUGUCAGGAAGGAACCGACGGCAUUGUGGACUUGGUUUCAGUGAGUUGGAUGACGAUAAAGAAGAACAAGAGGAUACGAGAGACUCCCUGGAGCCAGAAAGCUCAGAGGAUUCAGAAAGCGACUCUGACUCUGAGCAAGAAGAAGAAGAAACUGCAGAGCUUCCGCCGCCUCCGCCUCCUCCACCACCUCCCGAAAAGCACAGAAAUGCAGAAGACGAUUCUCAGGCCAAGAAAGAUGUGAAAAGCAACUAUAAAAUGAUGUUUGUGAAAUCCAGUGGGACAUAACUACUAAUCAAAUUAGCCUUUGAGCAAAGUAAGCCUUAUGGUUACAGUGCAAAGUAUUGGACUGCUUACAGCACAGACCUUUCUAUUAUGGUUUUAAUAAGGCCCUUUUAGAGAAAGAGUAGCGUUUGCAUUCCCAAUGCCAUGCAACUAUUUUUAUCAGCAUGACUGUAUCCAUUUGUUUUGUAAAAUAUAAAAAUAAAGUUGGGUGGGAGGUGAACUUAGUUCUCAACCUACUUUGACAUUAUUCUUCUGUCUUCCUAUUCCAUGAUCGCUAUUGAACCUUUUUAAGCUUGUUAAAAUGAUUUCUUCAAAUGAUCCUUGAUGUCCUUAUGUGGUUUAUUUUUUAAAACCAGCAUCCUGUUCAGAUUUUGAAUGAUGUACUUAUUAAAGAGUGAGAAUUGGA